AUGUCUCCUCCAGCUCUCCUGGAAUCGGACCUGAUAUUCCCGGAGGCCUCCAAAUCUCUGAAUGCCACACUCACGGAGUUGAAAAGGACCAACCUCAGCAUCAAAAACCGCCUGCGAUCGAUCAAGCGGGAUGCGGACUUUGUGUGUGAAGUCGCGGACGCGUACGGAUUACCACUCAUCGCGAAUGAGAGGUGUGGGAGCUGGUACAUCCCGCCCGAGCGAAAGGCUGGGAGCGCGUAUUUCAAGUCCACAGAUGGACAUUUUGGGCAGUGGGGGUUUUCUUUGCGGAGGUUGAACUUGCAGAUUCUCGAAAUUAUCGGCAGGAGUGGAGGGUGAGUUGAGUAGUGAGUAGUGAAUGUGAGCAGAAAAUGGAGGACGGUAGCUAACGCGUGAGACUUGUGUGUAGGUGCAUCAUUGUUGAUUCCACGAGACGUGGCAAGUCCAUGCCUGAUGCCUUAUCUAAGACUGUGCCGAUCUGGGUCGCGGUCCUGAAUAGACUACUAUUUCCCGAUCAACAACCCUACGAGCUGCAAUCUCCUUUGGACGUCGUGUCAGAGUCCGAGCACGCGCAGAUAGAGGCCCGGUUGGAUGGCUGCGUUCGGGAAGCGGGAGGCCUUGGCUUAGACCUGGACGACCUUCGCGGCAAACUCAAUGGGAGACCAAUGAGCUUGACCUGGCAGAGACCGAACGAUGGAACUCCGGAGAGAAAGCCCAAGAUUGAAAACUUGUUAGUACUUUGCAUUGCGUCCAACCAGACAAGUACUCUCACUGCUGCCACUUCUGACUAUGUUCAGGGGGCAGCAGACGAUCCUGAGGCGUGGUCACUCGGGUUGGAUGCCACGAUGUUCUGGACUCAUCAAACGGAGCUACUGCAAAGUUCUGAAGAUGAGUUGCCGGCUCUCAUCGAGACAUUGGUCGAGAAUGCUUGUGCAAGCAAGACAAUCCGAGCUUCGACACUCAUUGGGCCUACUUGCAACAUCUGGAUCGCAAGCAAUGCAACGGUGGAAGUCCCGCACUCAGACUUUGAUGUCGUGGUCUCGUGCAGCAUGAAACCCAUACCGGUCAUUUCCAAGGCCAAAGGUGCAAAAUACAUUCAGCUCUGCUGUGCGUCUGGCAAGGUUGGAAGCCGCCAGCUUCGCGCCGAGCUCUCCAAGAUCAGCUGUCUAUCGGCCAUGCUGUGCGCAGAGGACAGAGUCCUUGUCACAUGCGAGAACGGCACAGAUCUGUCUGUCGGGACCGCGCUGGCAUUGCUGUGUCUGUUCUACGAUGGCAACGGCACUUUUCAGGGACGCCUGGAGCAGUCGAUCAACAAGACUUUGAUCAAGCAAAGACUCAGCUGGGUCAUGGUGUGCAUGCCGGAUGCUUCUCCAAGCAGGGCUACCCUGCAGAGCGUCAAUGCUUUUCUGAUGGGUUGA